AUGGGCUGCUGUACCGGCCGGUGCACGCUCAUAUUUAUUUGCACCUUACAAUUGGUUUUGGCUCUGGAACGGCAGGUCUUUGACUUCCUAGGUUACCAGUGGGUCCCAAUCCUAGCCAACUUCUUCCACAUCAUCAUUGUCAUCCUUGGCCUCUUUGGCACUAUCCAGUACCGUCCACGCUACAUUGUGGUGUACACUGUUUGGGCUUCACUGUGGGUGGCGUGGAACGUCUUCAUUAUCUGCUUUUAUCUGGAUGUUGGCGGCCUUUCCAAGGACAGUGACCUGCUGACAUUUAACAUCUCAGCUCAUCACUCUUGGUGGAGCGAGCACGGGCCUGGCUGUGUGCGGAGAGAAAUGCCACAAACCGAAGGGGUCCACACCACUGAAAGCCACUCCUAUAUCACCGUCAUGGGCUGUCUCUUGGAAUACCAAUACAUUGAGGUCAUGCACAGUGGAACACAGAUACUAGCUGCUCUCGUGGGCUUUGUGUAUGCCUGUUACGUCAUCAGCGUCAUCACAGACGAGGAGGACAGCUUUGAUUUUAUUGGUGGAUUUGAGCCAUUCCCACUCUACCAUGUAAAUGAGAAACCAUCUCAUCUCCUCCUAAUGCCAGUUUCCUUGUAA